GAAUUUCGUUACGAGAUUUAACUUGUAAUUAAUGCAUCGACACGAACCCAAAAGUAUAUAUAGAAAACUAAAAUUUUAUUCUUACUAUAAGUAAUAAUAUUUUUUUUUAAACAAGAAGAACAUAAAGAUCUUUACAAGAGUCAAUCAUGUGGUUAUCAAAAGUGGUAUCGAUUAUUUUAAUCCACAUAAUAUUUAUAAAUAUCUGCGUAGCUAAUGAUUUAGAAGAAGAAAACUUUAAUUUUGAUAGAGCUCAGUUUGUUGCUAUAGGGAAAGAAGACUCGGAAUACGGAUUUUUAUAUAUACAGCAAGGUCUAUUAAUUCACCCUCAAGCUGUUAUCACCGUUGCCGACGAUUUACUAUAUGAAGCUGAAUCACUGAAAAUUAGAACAGGUUUAUCCCAAAUGAGUCAUUACUCUAAAGUGGCCAUUGCGGAGAAUGUAAAUGUGAUUAAUGUCAUAGAAUUACCAGAAACUUCAAAGAUAGUUUUGUUAAUCUUAGAAGAAGAAAUUUUAGGUGUAAAAUUAAUUAACUAUAAACACACUUCAUAUGAUGAUCAAUAUAACGGAUGCAAACUGAUUAAACUUGGAUUCAGACAACUUCAUGUCGACUUUGAUGAAGUUUACGCAUCGUUGACAACAAAAGAAAAAAACACUCAGUUAUUGAGCCACAUGACUGAUAAAGGUUGCCCAUCAAAAUUAAAUAAAAUCGUCGAUUUCAAAAGCUCACUUUUUACUGAUUAUGUUUAUUGCAUUAAAGAAAUUAAAAAAAAAAACUGUCGUAGAAAUUAUCCAGGAGCUUCUUUAGUUUGUCGAGACCACGAAACAAAUGAAUUCUACUUAGCUGGACUUGUCAUUGGGAAAAGUCAUUGCAAUUGGAUGCUUAUAAAUACUCCAAAAUUACACGCAUCGAUUGAGGCUCAUUUAAAAACUAUUCAAUAAGGCCAUUCUCAGACAGUGCUCCCCACUUUUUAAAAAUUUUCAAUGACUUUCAACUGUCAUAAGCGCAUCAAAAUAUGGGUGUGAAUGUAGCAGACAUUAGUGAAAUCUAAAAUUACUACUAAAUAAAAUUAGUAAUUAAUAAAAUCAAAUUUUUUAAAAAUGCACAUUUAAAAAAUUUUGAAAUUCAUAAGUGCAUUUUUUAAAAAUAUAUUUUUUUCAAUUAUUUAUUCUAUUUAUUUAUAAUUUUAAAUUUGUCUGAUGUCUGCUACAUUCACACUCGUAUCAAAAUUUUAUUAGUUAAUUGAAAAAAGGACAACGUUGUUGCAAUUUCACUAAGAUAUAGAUUUAAAAAAAAUUACUUACAGUUGAUAUCAAUUGGCAGUUAAACGAAAUUUGUUAAAUUUCAAUGAAAUCUUCAUGGCAAUUUGAUAAUUCGAAUUUUCAAAUUUUGUAAGCUAAAAUUUCUUCAAAAAAUUUCGUGCAACCCCUCAUUUAUAAUAACUGUAAGUGAUUUUUUUUUCAAUUCUACCCUUAAUCAUUUUUGUUUGUUUUAUUUUAUUUUGCACGUCUCAUCGAACGCAAAUCAAUUUUAAUAAAAGUGACAAGCACAAUGUAGUUUUAUUUGUAACCCGAAUUCUUUUUCUUUUAAUUAAAAUUGACUUUAAAAUAAUUUACAUGAAAAUGACUCCAGAUAAUUUUUAUAGAGAAUUUAAUUUCCUACGAAAAAGAUCCUUAAAAAUUUUUACUUAAU